AGCGCUGAGGUGAAGGGCUGUGGAGCCCGGCUGCCGCCGUCGCCGCCUUCUCCCCGCUGUGGGCAGCAGCCACCGGGGAGCGAGGCCUGUGGGGAAGCGAGAGGCGCCUGGCGUCGCUGCCGCCACGGUCUCCGCUUCCCCCGGCCGGUGAGGAAAGCAGCCCGCGCUGCAGCUAAGGAGGCUGGGAGCGACGGCGGCUCAGGAACCGCUCCAGAGAUGAUGCCGAUGAUAUUAACGGUGUUCUUGAGCAACAAUGAACAGAUUUUGACAGAAGUUCCAAUUACACCAGAAACAACCUGUCGAGAUGUUGUGGAGUUCUGCAAAGAACCUGGCGAAGGAAGUUGCCAUCUGGCUGAAGUGUGGCGUGGAAAUGAACGCCAUAUACCCUUUGAUCACAUGAUGUAUGAUCAUCUACAGAAGUGGGGACCCCGCAGGGAAGAAGUGAAAUUUUUUCUUCGGCAUGAGGAAUCUCCAGCUGAAAGCAAUGAACAGAGUGGGCGUCAGACCCAAAAUCAGAGAAAUGGAAUAAAUAUACCUGUGGAGAAACGUACAGAGAAUGGGGUUGGGAAUCCACGCGUUGAACUCACACUCUCAGAACUUCAAGAUAUGGCUGCCAGACAACAGCAGCAGAUUGAAAACCAACAGCAAAUGUUGGUUGCUAAGGAACAACGUUUACGUUAUCUGAAGCAGCAAGAACGCCGUCAGCAGCAGUCUAUUUCUGAGAGUGAAAAGCUUCAAAAACUUAAAGAACGGGUGGAGACUCAGGAGUCAAAGCUGAAAAAAAUACGUGCCAUGAGAGGACAAGUGGACUACAGCAAGAUCAUGAAUGGCAAUCUGUCUACUGAAAUUGAGCAUAUCAGUGCCAUGUUCCAGGAGAAGCAGCAGGAGUUACAAGCUGCAGUGUUAAAAGUGGAUCAGCUAACUCAGCAAUUGGAGGACUUAAGGAAAGGGAAACUGAAUGGAUUCCAAUCUUAUAAUGGACAGAUGACAGGACCUGCAGCUGUAGAAUUAAAAAAGUUGUACCAAGAACUACAGAUUCGUAAUAGGCUUAACCAGGAGCAGAACUCCAAGCUUCAGCAGCAGAAAGAACUUUUAAACAAACGUAACAUGGAGGUGGCUAUGAUGGACAAGCGUAUCAACGAGCUGCGUGAGCGACUAUACAAGAAAAAAGUUGAGUUAAACCGUAUUAAUGGAACAUCAUCGCCCCAAUCAUCUCUGACUGCUUCAGGAAGAGUAGCAGCAGUGGGGCCUUACAUCCAAGUUCCUAGCGCUGGCAGUUAUGCUGUACCAGUAGACCCAGUGAAACCACAGUCUCUCACCAUUGCUUCCACUGCGACUCAUGGGAGAUCAAAAUCUGCUAAUGAUGGAAAUUGGCCGACACUUAAACAGAGUUCAACUCCCGUGGUAAAACCACCUCAAGUCUCCAGUGCAGACUGGAAGGAAUCAAGCAUGGAUACUGCUUUAAAACAAGGAACUAUAUCCAGUCAACCUUUGCCAUCUUCAGUAUUAGGAAGUACUGAUAAACUGGGCCUUGAUAUGGGGAAAGUGCCACCUACUAUCCCUGGUGUAAGUAAGCAGUUGCCUCAAAACUAUGGAACCUAUCCAAGCCCUGUUCCUUUAGGAACAGGUUCUACAAAUUCACUGGAAAGGCGGAAGGAUGGCAGCCUACCAAGACCUGGCUCCAGUAUAACAAAUCGGCAAAGACCUAUUCCAUUACCACCAUCGAGCAAUAUACAUCAGCCUAGUUCCUCACAGCAGAUACAACAGAGAAUUUCUGUACCUCCUAGCCCUACUUAUCAACCUUCUGGUCCCUCCUCAUUUCCUGGCGGAGAUGGCAGGCCUGAUCUCCCUUUAACUGUGGCUAUCAGGCCUUUUCUAGCUGAAAAAGGAUCAAGGCCUCAGUCUCCAAGAAAAGGACCUCAAACAGUGAACUCCAGUUCCAUCUACUCAAUGUAUCUUCAGCAAGCAACACCACCAAAGAACUAUCAACAGGCUGUAUACAAUACCCUAAAUAAAUCAGUAAAAGCAGUUUAUGGAAAACCUGUCCUACAGUCUGGUUCAACCUCUCCAUCACCUUUACCAUUCCUUCAUGGAUCUUUGCCCACCCAGACAUCACAGCCACAGUCUCAGCCUCAGAUUGAGUUCACUGAAAAAGAUCAAGAGCUGGAAAACAUUCCGCCAUCAGGUGAAAAUAGCAAUGUGGAAAACAUUCCUCGCCCUCUCAGUCCUACUAAGCUUACACCUAUUGUGCAUUCACCCCUACGAUAUCAAAGUGAUGCUGAUCUUGAAGCUCUUAGAAGAAAAUUAGCCAAUGCUCCUAGGCCAUUAAAGAAGCGUAGCUCUAUCACUGAACCUGAAGGGCCUAGUGGACCAAAUAUACAGAAGCUACUGUAUCAGCGCUUUAAUACACUUGCUGGAGGAAUAGAAAGUGCUCCUUUUUAUCAACCAAGCAACCCACAGGACUUUAUAGGCAACUUAGCAGAUGUUGAUAAUGGAAACACUAGCACCAAUGGCAAUAUUGAAGAACCUAUUUCUGUGCAACCCACAGUUGCUCUUCCUGAUGAACCUCCUCCUUCAUCAGAUGCCAAUGAUAAUGAAUUACCUUCUCCUGCCACUGAGGAACUGAUUAGCACUGAAACCACUAACCAAACCUCUGAGACAACUGAAGACAAUAAUAACAAUCCUGCUGUAGUCCCUUCCACUGAGCAAUCACCCAGUCCCAUACCUGAGGUCAGCUCCCCAGUAGAAGAUGAAGUUCCGGUGCCACCAGCUGUUCCUCCUCCACUUCCUCCAGUAAGUGACGGCAGAAAUACAACUAAACGUACCAACCUGAAGAAACCUAACUCUGAACGAACUGGUCACGGUUUGAGGGUAAAGUUCAACCCUUUAGCCCUCCUGCUUGAUGCUUCUUUGGAGGGAGAAUUUGAUCUGGUACAAAGGAUCAUUUAUGAGGUUGAUGAUCCCAGCAAACCCAAUGAUGAAGGAAUUACCCCUUUGCAUAAUGCAGUGUGUGCUGGUCAUCACCACAUUGUAAAGUUCCUGCUUGAUUUUGGUGUUAAUGUGAAUGCAGCAGACAGUGAUGGAUGGACGCCUUUGCAUUGUGCAGCUUCUUGCAAUAGUGUUCAUCUCUGUAAAGUACUUGUAGAAUCCGGGGCAGCAAUUUUUGCUUCAACUAUAAGUGAUAUAGAAACUGCUGCAGACAAGUGUGAGGAGAUGGAGGAGGGUUAUAUUCAGUGUUCCCAGUUCUUGUACGGAGUACAGGAGAAGUUGGGAGUCAUGAACAAAGGAGUAGUGUAUGCUCUAUGGGAUUAUGAAGCCCAGAAUAAUGAUGAGUUGUCAUUCCAUGAAGGAGAUGCCAUUACUAUCCUGAGACGUAAGGAUGAUAAUGAAACAGAAUGGUGGUGGGCUCGACUCAAUGAUAAAGAAGGCUAUGUGCCUAAAAAUCUUUUGGGGCUAUAUCCAAGAAUAAAGCCUAGGCAGCGAACCCUUGCUUGAAUUCAGAUGUUUGGCAGUGCAAAACAUGGCUGGUAACUGGAAGCUUAAGCCCACACUGGAGUCAUCCUUUUCUAUCACAUUUCAACUGGAGAAAUAAAAUUAUAAUCUUUGUUUUUAAUGGUGCUCUCUCUUGUUAAUGGACAGCAGUCAAGGGUUUAAAAAUCUGCAGUUUGUAAAUGAAGAUCAUUCCACGUAACCUAUCUACAGUAUUUUGUCAACUCUACUCUAAAUACCAAAAAUACUCUUCUAGAAGAGUCCAUGGAUGGAAGCUUCUUGUGUUAAAUGUUCACAAAUGUAAUUUCCAAAUUGCAGAUGUGCUGUCCAAUCUGUUCUAGUCCCACAAUAACUGUCCCCUGUCAAGAUUUUGGAUAUUUUUUGACACCACUGAAUGUUGUUUACUCAUUACUGACUUAAUUCUGUGUAUGCUGCAGAGAAGACUUUCAGACGUUAAGUGCAUAAGCAGUCACCAAGGCUCUAUCUACUCUAGAAAUAAAGAUAUGUUAACUAAUGUUCUAAGUCCUAGUCUAGGGUCUGCUCCACACAUAAGACUUAAGUCAACCUAGCUACAUUGCUCAGGACUGUGAACAAUUUUACAUCCUGUAUCACAGUUAGGUCAACCUAACCCCUACCAUACAUGCAGCUAUUGAAUGAGAGGUAGUUUACCUACAGCAAUGGAAAAACCCCUUCCCUCACUCGAGGAAGCAUCAUGCUACAGCAGCACAGCUGCAGUGCUGGAGCUGUGCCACUGUAGUGUAAAGAUACCCUUUACAAAGCUCCAACAGAAGCUUUAAAUGCAAACAAAAUCUAGAUCCUAGCAUCUCUAAAUGACAAGCCAGAAUCAAAACUAGAGUUUUUGUAUACUUCUCAAAACCCCUACACUAAUUAACUUGUUCAUUUUCUUGGUAUUCAGCUUAUUACACGAGUUUUACCUCUACUAAUUUAAGUUACAGGUCCCACUCCCACUAACCUGUGAACUUGUCUGUUUGGAACAAAAGAACAUGUAACAGUGGAUUUGCAGUCAGAUUAAAGGAUUUGUAUGUUUGCAUGGAUGAAAGUGCAAUAGUUGAGAAGGGUAAGAGUCUGAUAAGUUAAGAGGUACACUAACUUGAAGUCUGCCUGAGUAGUUGAAGGACUAAAAAGUGGAGAGCUAGUUGUACUAAUAUUGAGAGUCAAUGAGAGGAAGAGAAACAAGGCGUUUGAGGAUUUGAGAAUGGCAAUAAUUUGCUAUUUUGGUAAGGACAGUUUCUAUGGUUCUUGGCAGCCCGACACCUAGUGCCAAGGUGUGUUAUGCAAUAACCUUUCCACUAUAGUGUAGUUUCAAGCAAAAAAAAAAAAAAAAAAAAAGCAGCACUUCACUGGAGUUAACUGUACAUGGUUUUAUAUAUCAAAUAUAUUUUGAAUUUCUCAUAAGUUGUAGCGAUGUGUUUUGCAUUUUUUCUUCAUUAAUGUGUAGGCCAGUUGGCUUUAACUCUUCAUGUACAAGUCUUGUGUAUAAUUUAUAUAUCAUUUAUGCAGUGCUGUAAUUUGCUUUUACCACCAUUUAACAUUAAUUGUAUAUAUUGUGGUGAUGAAACGUGAAAGGGUAUUGUUAAAGAACAUUGGCUACAUGAAUGUGACAAUUUCAAGAGCCUAUGAUGCACAUUUACAUGUUCUCUGGAUGAGUGUAUAAUAAAGUA